GCAUUUUCCCCAACAGCCCUCCUGUUUGCUUGCGCAAGGGUUCAGUCUUCUUUUUGAAGCCGCUUCUCUUUUCCUCAAAACAGAUCGCUCGCUCGUCGCUUCCCUCGCUGUAUCGCUCCUGCAGCCCGCAAUCGGAACGCCGGAGAUGGGCGACAGCCAGUACUCCUUCUCCCUCACCACCUUCAGCCCUACGGGGAAACUGGUUCAAAUCGAGCACGCCUUAACGGCGGUCGGAUCUGGUCAGACCUCCCUUGGGAUCAAAGCGGCCAAUGGUGUUGUUAUUGCUACUGAGAAGAAGCUUCCUUCCAUUUUGGUGGAUGAGACAUCAGUCCAGAAGAUUCAGCUUAUGACAACAAAUAUUGGAGUUGUCUACAGUGGAAUGGGCCCAGAUUCUCGUGUUCUAGUGAGAAAAAGCAGAAAACAAGCACAACAAUAUUUUCGACUUUAUAAGGAGCCUAUUCCCGUAACUCAACUUGUAAGAGAAACUGCAGCUGUUAUGCAGGAGUUUACACAAUCUGGUGGUGUAAGACCAUUUGGAGUUUCUCUGCUGGUUGCUGGAUAUGAUGACAAUGGUCCACAACUGUAUCAGGUCGAUCCAUCUGGUUCAUACUUUUCAUGGAAGGCUUCAGCAAUGGGGAAGAAUGUCUCUAAUGCUAAAACAUUUCUUGAGAAGAGGUACACUGAUGAUAUGGAGCUUGAUGAUGCUGUCCACACUGCCAUCUUGACUCUAAAAGAAGGAUUUCAAGGGCAGAUCUCUGGCAAGAACAUUGAAAUUGGAAUAGUGGGUGCUGACCGAAAGUUCAGAGUACUUACACCAGCUGAAAUUGAUGAUUAUUUGGCGGAGGUGGAGUAGUUGUCUUUGUUUCAUAUUGCCCACCCACAUAAUAUGCAGUUGCUCCCUUUCCCAGCCGCUAGGAUUUUAAUGCCUGUCGAUGCUCUUGUCUUGAGAUGUUCCCGAAUUUAACCGUGAUCGUCAUUUGAUGUGAGACAGCAGUUAUUUGUUAUGAUCCGAUUCAAAUGUCGUGCCGUGUGCCUCAAUGUGCUCGGAAUUUUUAGCUCCGUCAUGUGCAAAAAUUUCAAUUUAUUUCUAUAUAGAUGUGGGUUACGCGUGAGAGUAGAUCUUGUAAUUUUGGCUUUGAUAAAUUUCAUAUAGCUAAUUAAAACAUGUUUAACAUCA